AUUAUCCAUUUUCGAAUCGGGCCAAGAAAGAUCACGGAAAAAAAUGGGCGACGCAAACAUCUCCGCAUCCACGCCCAAUUCAAUCUGGGAAGAAAUUGAACAUUCUGAAAGUUACCUCGUAUCCUCUAUGUAUGAUGAAGCCGCUUCAUUAUCUUCAUCAGUUAUAAAUCGAUUGCGCGACAAUUUUAAUGUUUCAAAUCAAACUUUAUAUGAUAUGAUGGAAUCUGCAGGCAUGGUCUUCGUUCAGUCUCUCAAAGAACUUGGCAGGGCGUCAGAUAUUAUGAAUGAGCUUAGGCAAUUGUUCGUGUCCGUUACUCAUGUCCCUGUUCAAGUUCUUCUCAUUGGGGCCUGUCUGCAGAUAUCGGAAGAAUCAUAUGUUGGUGUUAAGGAAUUUCUUGAGGAAUUUCUUAGGAAGUGGAGUUAUGAAGACAGAAGACACUAUAUUGUUAAUGAUGCCCAAAAAAAGGUGGAUUCCAUGGAAGGAUGUGAUGGCCGUUUUGUUUUGGGAAUUGAUCAGUACUGUAAAGUUGCUGAGAUGUAUGCUGUGACGCUCCUGGGGACUAUUUUGAAUGAUGUGGACCUUGCAAUCUCCUGGAUUGAAAAGGCUUCAUUACCCGAGGAAAAACGUAAGGAUAUUUUAAGAAGAUUGCACUCCCUAUAUUCUGUUAAAGCCACCAAUGUGUCACAAGGCUCUUCAUUGCUGUCAGAAGAUUUCCAUGAAGUUCAUUCAUCUUCUUUGAAAAACCCAAUUGUGUCAGAGAGGUCUUCAGAAGCUUUAAAUGUUAAUUACUUGCCUAGUGGAGAGAGUGGUACAAAACAAGCUCUUUUGAAAUUUUCCAGACAAACAUACCCACGUUUUUUGUGGUUUCGGGCUAUCACUUUGAAGUUUGGUACCGUUCGCAUGGUCAUAUCUAACUGGAAUGUUGCAUUUGGCUGUUUGCUAGUUUUAGCGUAUUAUCUUUUCAGGAGGAAACAAGCUUCUAUGAGGAGGACUAUUCGGAGACGAGUAUUGUCAGUUAAGAAGGCAUUGGUUGACUUGUGGCGGCUUGCAUUUUCAUUCCAAGUGAACCCUCUAGCUGCUGUUCAACCGCUUCCUGUUGCAACACAAGGCGGUCAAUGAUGAGAUCUCUGGCAGUAUCUUCAGUAAGCUGGGGCACCUGUACUUACAGGCUAAAUGUGUUUUACUUUUAUCCUGGUCAUAAUGCAAGCUUUAUAAUCUGAAGAAAAAAGUUGGGCAAAGCACAAAACCCGGUAAGAUUAUAUAAGAUGGUAGCAAACAAUUGAUGGAUAAAGGAAGCUAUUUUUUCUCUGGGUUGAGAUAUGUGCCAAAAAUCAUAAUUGUGUAGUAAAAUAAUAAUACAGUAGGUAGUUUUUUUUUUUUUUUAAUUUUUAUCAAACAUAUUAAUAUAAAUGUUGCUAUUUGUAGUGUGAUCUGCAACCAUGACUAUACAUUUUUUUAAUGGUUGUUAUUGCUUGUAGUUCAAAUCAAACUGUUAUUAGUUGUAUAUUGUCCGGGUGCUCGUUGGUUAAUUGGUCCAUAACCCAAUAAAAAAAACCAAACCACAAGUGUCUGUAUUUUUCUUGAAUUGUAACUAGUCCAAGAUCACUGGUUAACAAAUAAUAUUGGACUAGUUAACUGUAUAUUGGUUUUUUUCCUUUUAACAAGUUAAAUUAUUUUCAAAAUUUAAUCAAAUUUUUUUAUAUAAAAAAGAAAAAAAAGUUUAGUAAAUUAAAUAUUUACAAGUUAUCCAUGCAAAUUUAAUAAUUUCAAGAAAACUAAAAAAAAAAAAGAAAGAAAGAAAGAAAAACUAUUAUAUUGUCCUUCAUACGUACGAGGCAUGUAUGAGAAAAUUAUCAAUAUUGAUGAUCAUCAACACUUACAAAAGGAAAGUACUUCAAUAUCGAAACAACAUUAUACAAAACACAAAUAGAAGAGAAAAUUAUUAAUUGAGAAAUUCAAAAUUUUAUCACAUAAUGGCCUUGCCUAUACAAGUAUAUCACCCUUUUGCUAGGUUUAAAGCAUCUGUGAUGAAGAAAGAUAAGAAGAAGGCAACUCUGGAGACACUUGGCAUCAAAUUAGGGAGAGCAAAUGUCAACCAACACUUGGAGACACAUGGGAACAAAGCAGGAAGACUAAAUGGCGAUCAACGGAAAAAGGAAAAAGCAAAAUGAAGGGUAUAAUUCCCAGCAAGUAGGAGAAAGGAGAGUCAGCCAAACAUAACAGCAAAUUCAGAGGAGAGGCAACAGAAAAGCAGAGUAGCAAGAUGCAGAGUACUGAAGUGGCAACCCUAGAGUGGAAAAGCAAAGGGAAAGAGUGACAGAGAAAUAUAGAGAUGGGAAGAAAGAAUUGAAGGGCAGAGAAGAAGUAAGAAAAGUGGAAGAUAGAGAGUGUCCAACCUGUCGAAAUGCUUGGUUGAGGGCUUCUAAAAAUUAACUUAUUAGAUCUCAUAUUUUGUAUUUUGGCAUGUUGAUAUUUUGUUCUGUAAUUAGUUUCAGUUGUAAGUGACAAAACAGUGGAAACUUGGACUUGUCUUAAUUUCCAGAAAAAGUUAGCAAUACAAACUGAAGCAUUGCAUUUCUCUCA